AAAAAAGGGCAUUUCACAAGUAACAAAAACUUAAUUAAGCCUACAAUAAUUGAAAAUGAAUUGAGCAUAACGGCAUACCUUAGCUUUCUAAUUUCUAUCUUCAACAUUCAAGACUAAGAAGCAUAAUAUGGGUGCGGUUUUGAGGAGUGAAACCAGAACCACUAUGUUUCCACCACCAAUAACAAGCUUCUUCUAUAUGUGUAUUUGCCUAAUCUUUUGCCAUUUUGUUACAUAUUCAUCAUCAUCAGAAGAAAUAGAAGUAGUUGGUUAUGGUUACACCAUCUCAAAUGUGAACAAUGAAGAUCUUUUAGGAACUUCAUUGAGUGCUAACCUUAACCUCAUCAAGUCUUCCUCCAUUUAUGGGCCUGACAUCCCACACCUCAACCUUGUUGCCAGUUUAGAAACCAAGGACAGGCUAAGAGUAAGAAUCACAGAUUCCAUUCACCAAAGAUGGGAAAUUCCAGAAGAAGUGAUUCCUAGAAGUUCUCAAUACUCUUCUCAUUCUCUCAAUAGCUAUGAUCUAAAUCAAGAACCAAAACUAUCUCUAACAUCACCAAACUCAGACCUCAUAUUCAGCCUCCACAACACAAUUCCAUUCGGCUUCACUAUCUCGCGCAAGUCCUCCAAUGACAUUCUCUUUGAUGCUUAUGGCCUUGGUGAGCACACCAAGGGCUCCUUCAAGCUGCAGCCAAACCAGACAUUAACAAUGUGGAAUAUGGACAAUGGUGCCAACCUUGACUUGAACCUUUAUGGCUUUCACCCUUUUUACUUGGACAUGAGGAAAGGAUCUAUGGAUGGGAGGGUUAAGGCUGGGGCUACACAUGGGGUCUUGCUGCUAAAUAGCAAUGGGAUGGAUGUUGUGUAUGAUGGUGACCGCAUAACUUAUAAAGUGAUUGGUGGAGUUUUUGAUUUUUACAUUUUUGCCGGAUCAUCGCCGGAACAAGUGAUGGAGCAGUACACUGAACUCAUUGGAAGGCCUGCUCCAAUGCCUUAUUGGUCUUUUGGUUUUCAUCAAUGUAGAUAUGGCUAUAAGGAUGUGAGUGAUCUUGAAAAUGUGGUUGCCAACUAUGCAAAAGCAAAUAUACCCCUUGAAGUUAUGUGGACAGAUAUUGAUUCAAUGGAUGCAUAUAAGGAUUUCACACUUGAUCCUAUAAAUUUCCCAUUGAAUAAGAUGAGAAAAUUUGUUGACACUCUUCAUCAAAAUGGCCAGAAAUAUGUUCCCAUCUUAGAUCCUGGUAUCAGUGUAAAUACUUCAUAUGCAACUUAUGUCAGAGGCUUGGAGGCUGAUAUCUAUAUAAAGAGAAAUGGAGUCAAUUACCUUGGUCAAGUUUGGCCUGGACCAGUUUACUUCCCUGAUUUCUUGAAUCCAAGAAGCCAAAAAUUCUGGGGUAAUGAAAUCAAAUUAUUUAGGGAGCUUCUCCCAUUUGAUGGUCUCUGGCUUGAUAUGAAUGAAAUAGCUAAUUUCAACACUUCUCCUCCUAAUCCAUCUUCCAAUCUUGAUAACCCUCCCUACAUAAUCAAUGAUUCUGGAACUCAAAAACCAAUCAAUACCAGAACAAUACCAGCAACAUCUUCACACUAUGGUAAUAUUACUGAGUAUGAUACUCAUAAUUUGUAUGGACUCUUACAAAGCAAAGCAACUUACAAGGCUUUAAAGGAUAUAACUGGUAAAAGGCCAUUCAUUCUCAGUAGAUCAACUUUUGUAAGCUCUGGUAGGUAUGCAGCUCACUGGACAGGAGAUAACGCCGCGACUUGGAACGAUUUGGCAUACUCAAUCCCUUCUAUAUUAAAUUUUGGAAUAUUCGGAAUUCCAAUGGUUGGAGCAGAUAUAUGUGGUUUUGGACCAAACACAACCGAAGAACUUUGCAGGCGUUGGAUCCAAUUAGGAGCAUUUUACCCCUUUGCAAGAGAUCAUUCAGAUAAAUCUUCAACCAGGCAAGAGCUUUAUCUUUGGGAUUCAGUUGCUUCGUCAGCAAGGAAAGUGCUCGGCCUGCGCUAUCGCCUCCUCCCUUACCUUUACACACUAAUGUAUGAAUCACACACAAAAGGGACACCAAUUGCAAGACCCCUUUUCUUUUCAUUCCCUGAGGAUGUCACCACAUAUGACAUAAAUUCACAGUUUCUACUUGGCAAAGGGGUUUUAGUCUCACCUGUGCUUGAAUCUGGAGCUGUAACUGUCAAUGCAUACUUCCCUGCAGGAAACUGGUUUGAUCUCUUCAAUGUCUCAAAUUCAGUGAGUGCUAAAUCAGGAAAGUAUGUUACUCUUGAUGCUCCAUCUGAUCACAUUAAUGUGCAUGUUGGUGAAGGUAACAUUUUGGUCAUGCAAGGAGAAGCAAUGACAACUGAAGCCGGCCGGAAGACUGCGUUUCAUCUUGUGGUGGUUGUUAGCCGCAGCCAAACUAGCUAUGGACAAGUUUAUUUGGAUGAUGGAGAAACACUUGAAAUAUCAGGAGAGAAUGAAGAGUGGACAUUGGUCAGAUUUUAUGCUGUUUUACAUAACAAUGGUGUUUUUAUUACAUCUGAUAUAGUCAAUGCAAGAUUUGCUCUGGACCAAAGGUUGAUCAUUGAAAAGAUCACAUUCUUGGGGAUACCAAAGAACAAGAGAUUAGGUAAAGUGAAUUUGGCAAGUAAUGAAUUGAAUAUUGAGAAUGGAAUUGUGCAGACACAUGCUGAUAACUUGUCACAGUUUAUUAGUAUAGAAGUUUCAGCAUUGUCACAACUUAUUGGAGAGAAAUUUGAGCUAGAAAUUGAAAUGACUAUGGUUUAAAAAGCAGGUUUUUACUAUGAAAGAAUCUAUCUUCUUCUUGUUGAAGGGAUUUCUUCAUAGUUCUGUCUUACAAUUAGAUGAUCUUUCAGCAACUACAUUCAAAGCUCUCUCCAUAUAUAAUAUACUUCUCUGUGAAGUUGUUUAAAAGAGUCAAAGAUGUAGCAUUUCUUUAUUACUUAUGGUUGGAAAAUUGAGAAAUGACUAUUUUAAGAUAAUAAAAUUUCAGAUUAUUUAUCAAAGAA